UACAAAUUCUACUGGCACGUAAUCGGUAAUGGGUUGGACGGCGUGUGAUAAUUUGUCAAUGCAAGUAAAGAAAAUGGAAAAAGUAGAAGAUUGGAGUACUGCUGAAGUUUCUGUCUGGCUUGAAGAAAAAGGUUUUCAUAAUUAUGUUGAAUUGUUAUGUGAACAACAUAAAAUUGAUGGUAAAGCACUGCUUACUCUCACAGAAAAUGACUUGAAGCAGCCUCCACUUGGGAUGAAGGUUCUUGGUGAUAUAAAACGACUUAUGAUAGCAAUACAUGAAUUACAACACAUCUGCUAUAAAAAUUGCAAACGUCUCUAUUGUUUUGAUGGCUUAAUGCAUGAUCAUCAAGAAAUAUUCAGAGAACAUAAUAAUGAAAAUGAUGUAAAGAGAUUAAGUACUGAUGAAUGUGAUCUUCCAAAGGGGCAUUUUGCUGUUAAGUCAAGACAGAUUACAUCUUACUUUCAGCCAAGUAGUAAUUGGUGGGAGAAAAUUCAGACAGCAUUUUUAAUUUGGCAAGGUGGAGGAAUGUAUAUAAAAGGUGUUAGAACUUGUGGAGAUUACAUGUUUAGUGGUCAUACUGUUGCUUUAACACUUUUUAACUUUUUUAUUACUGAAUAUACACCUGCAAGUAUGUACUAUCUUCAUACAUUUACAUGGGUAAUGAAUCUUUUUGGUAUCUUUUUCAUACUAGCAGCUCAUGAGCAUUAUUCUAUUGACGUCUUCAUUGCUUUCUACAUAUCGACACGUCUGUUUCUGUAUUAUCAUACUCUAGCAAAUAAUAGGGCGCUUAUGCAAGAUGAUAGUAAGAGAACUAGAAUAUGGUUUCCAUUAUUUUAUUUUUUUGAAUCUGGAGUUGAUGGAAUUGUUCCCAAUGAAUACGAAUGGCCUCUAAGGAUUCCCAAAUGUUUUAAAGCUGUGCAGAAAAAACUAAAAGCGUAAAUUAUUAUGUACAUUAAGAUUAUUUUUCUAAAAGGAUUCUUUUCAUUGUGAUUUAUUGGUUGACAUUGUUACGUAUACAUUGGCUAUCAAAUUAAUUUGUUUUCAUAUAAUUAAAAUUUUAUUUUACAUAAAAUUAUCAUAAUCCAAAAUUUCAUAUGGGUUACAAAAGGGACAACAAUAGAAUAAUAAUUAUUUAACAAUUUAAUAAAUAUAUAUUUGUCAUCUGUAAACAAGACAAUGCAAGAUGUACAGUACACGUGCUUAUUAAUGACUGUUAUUCGGUAAUUAUUUAAUUUUUGAAUAUUUGAUCAGAUAUCAUGCUAGUUUAAAUAAGUUCUUUAUAAAAGUCCUAUAUACAGAUAAAUAUUUCAUUGAAGUAUAUUUAAAGAUGUAAAGUUUAUAAUGAAUACCACAAAUUAAUGCUGGCUUUGAUACAUGUCGACUUCUUGAAAUAUGAUUUUAGUACAAGAGAACAUUAAAAAGGAAUUGCAUUGUAAAUGUAAUUUUUUAAAUCUUUUGUGCUUUCAAUUUCUUUCUGUAUAUUUUGCAUUUUAUGAAUUAUUUUUGCAAAAAUCUUAUGAUUCUUUUUUCUUUUUUAUUGAAUUGUUUCUGCAAUAUUUUUCAUUGAUAAUUAAAAAUGAAUACGAUAUGACUGGAAGUAAAUUAUUAACAAAUGGCAAAUGUGUGAUGUUAGUACUCGCUAGGUUAUUUAUAAAGUAAAUAUAAGGAAAAACUAUGUAUUUGAAUUUAGAAAAAAAUUUGAUUUUAUAAAUAUAUAACAAAUAGAUUAUCCAAAUUCAAUUAAUAUUAAUUUUAAUUAACUAUAUAAAAUGCACAGAAUACAGAUGUCAAAUUCAAAUUGUCUUGUAAUAUUGCCAAAUUAUACUGGAGUUCUUGGGUGAAAAUCAGAAAAUUGGUCAACAAUAAUGGGUUAGAUUUUGAUCAUUGGACAAAGUAGGUUUUAAUCUGUCCAUUAAGUACUUCAUUUACAUUGGAUAUACAUUUAUACAAGAGUUGAUCUGUCAGUAUGAUGCUAAAAUGUGUUGUAUUGCAUCUCAGUUACGU